UCAAGAAAAAAACAGCAGAAGAAUAGAGAGAGAGAGAGAGAGAGAGAGAGAGAGAGAUAUGGAGAACGGAGUUGCAAGGAGGGGGUGGAAUUUCAAGUCAUACGGCGCGCUGGCGGACGCGGCGCAGCUCACCAUCAGAGGAACGCUGAACACGAUCAUGUGCAAUCUCGACGGUGGAGAUACGAGGCCCACCAUUCCCCUCGGCCACGGUGAUCCCUCCGUCUUCCCUUGCUUCCGCACCACUCCCAUCGCUGAAGAUGCUGUCAUCUCCGCCCUCCGUUCCGCUGAGUACAAUUGCUACGCUCCGACUGCCGGCAUUCUUCCCGCCAGAAGGGCGAUUGCCGAGUAUUUGUCUCGCGAUCUUCCAUACGAGCUUUCAUCUGAUGAUGUUUUUCUCACGGUUGGUUGCACUCAAUCGAUCGAGAUUGCAGUAUCAGUCCUUGCUCGCCCUGGUGCAAAUAUCUUGCUCCCUAAUCCAGGUUAUAGAUUUUAUGAGGCGCGGGCAGCUUGUAGUGGGGUUGAGGUUCGACAUUUUAAUCUCAUUCCCGAGAGGAACUGGGAGGUCGAUCUUGAUGGCAUCAAAUCCCUGGCUGAUGAGAACACGGUUGCAAUGGUACUCGUAAACCCCGGAAAUCCUUGUGGGAAUGUCUUUACUUAUCAGCAUUUGGCAAAGGUCGCUGAGACUGCAAAGAAGCUUGGAAUUCUCAUUAUUUCAGAUGAAGUUUAUGGUCAUCUGACAUUUGGGUGCAAUCCAUUUGUGCCAAUGGGAGUGUUUGGAUCGAUUGCUCCAGUCCUUACUCUUGGGUCAAUAUCAAAGAGAUGGUUAGUGCCAGGGUGGCGAUGUGGUUGGCUUGUAACAAAUGACCCCAAUGGCAUUCUAAAAGAAACUAAGAUUGUUGAUGACAUUAAGAACUGUCUCAAUGUCUCUUCUGAUCCUGCAACCUUUGUUCAGGGUGCAAUUCCUCAAAUCCUUAAGACUACAAGAGAGGAUUUCUUUAACAAGACUAUUGAUAUACUGAGGCAAACAGCAGCCAUAUGUUUUGAUAAAAUAAAGGAGAUUGAUGGCAUUACUUGCCCAUGCAAACCAGUGGGGUCCAUGUUUGUUAUGGUGAAGAUGGAUGUGUCACGUCUGGCAGACAUUUCAGAUGAUGUGGACUUCUGCUGCAAGCUGGCCAAAGAGGAAUCGGUGGUCAUUCUUCCAGGAAGCGCAGUUGGAUGUAAGAAUUGGCUCCGUAUCACUUUCGCCAUCGGUCCAUCUUCCCUUGAAGAUGGUCUUGAGAGACUGAAAUCCUUCUGCCAGAGGCAUGUAAAGAAAUAAAAACUGAAAAAUAUGGGUGGUGAUCAGCAACAGCUCGUUGGAUCUCCUCUGCAUCUCAAUCACUCUCUUGAAUGAUCGUUGUUUGCAUAUGUGAGUUCUUUAGUUGGGCAACAGUUAAUAGGGCCAAGAAAUAAUCAGUAAAAAGCACAUGCUGUGAUUGGCAACAGCUUGUUGCGCUAUCCAAGAAUUUCUAGUCUUCUAUUUAGUCUAGUAAAAGAUGUUGAGCUAAACAUACAUUGUGUAUUAAAUAUUCUAUUGGUGGCUGUUUG